GUGGGGGGGCGUCGCGGUGGGCGGGGCGAGGGGGGUUAACAACUUCCGGGUCUCGCUUCUCGGCGCCGCUCUCCACGUGGCCGCGUGCUGCUGCUGCUCAUCGCCAUGCCCAAAGCUCAGAAGGCGAAGCCUGUGGCCAAGGCGGUGCACCCCUACAGCCGCAAGGCAGCGCAGUUGGCUCGCGAAGCCCACAAACAGGACAAGAAGGAAAAAUUAAAAACUGACAAGGCAGUAAAGCUGAACCUCAUUGGACAGAAGUUAGACUGGUUUAAAAAGAACCUCGAUGGCGACAAGACACAGUACACAAAAAAGGAAAUGUGUGCUGUCAUUGAAAGAUACCUCGACCGUUUUGCCGCGGAACUGGAGCAGAUCGAUCUGGUGAACAGCGUGACGGGGCGGCAGGGCCGACAGCACGGCCCGCGGGAGACCGCCAUCCGCCAGACGCUGCAGCGCGAGCGCGAACUUUACGACGGCACUGGCCUCGAAGUUCCUGAUGUGAUCAAUGGAAAGAAUCUGAGAGUGUUCAGGGAGUGGGAUGGGGACCUCAAGGGUCUGCCAAACCUCAAGAUGAGAAAGGUCUCGUCCAAAGAUGCCACGGCAACAGAGAAAAAAGAACAGGCAGCUGAAAAUCCCGAAAAGGAUGACACGGAUGAAAUGGAGGGCAACGCUUCUCCAUGACGCCACGUCACAAACAUAAAUCACGCCAUCUUCCCAUGCGCGGUCUUUGUGUGUGAGUCUGCGUUAAUGCUCUGAAAUAAGCGACUGUAUCAUAGCGUUUCAAAAUAAAAUAUAUUCCCACCAUGAA